AACUCUCCUACUACUGCAACAACACUUCCAACUACUGUUUCUACAACAGAAACAACACAAACAACUGAACCUACAACUGAGAUUACGACAAACUCUCCUACUACUGCAACAACACUUCCCACUACUGUUUCUUCAACAGAAACGACACAAACAACUGAACCUACAACUGAGAUUACGACAAACUCUCCUACUACUGCAACAACACUUCCAACUACUGUUUCUACAACAGAAACAACACAAACAUCUGAACCUACAACUGAGAUUACGACAAACUCUCCUACUACUGCAACAACACUUCCAACUACUGUUUCUACAACAGAAACAACACAAACAUCUGAACCUACAACUGAGAUUACGACAAACUCUCCUACUACUGCAACAACACUUCCAACUACUGUUUCUACAACAGAAACAACACAAACAUCUGAACCUACAACUGAGAUUACGACAAACUCUCCUACUACUGCAACAACACUUCCAACUACUGUUUCUACAACAGAAACAACACAAACAUCUGAACCUACAACUGAGAUUACGACAAACUCUCCUACUACUGCAACAACACUUCCAACUACUGUUUCUACAACAGAAACAACACAAACUACUGCAACAACACUUCCCACUACUGUUUCUACAACAGAAACCACACAAACAACUGAACCUACAACUGAGAUAACGACAAACUCACCUACUACUGCAACUACACUUCCCACUACUGUUUCUACAACAGAAACCACACAAACAACUGAACCUACAACUGAGAUAACGACAAACUCACCUACUACUGCAACUACACUUCCCACUACUGUUUCUUCAACAGAAACAACACAAACAACUGAACCUACAACUGAGAUUACGACAAACUCUCCUACUACUUCAACUACACUUCCCACUACUGUUUCUACAACAGAAACAACACAAACAACUGAACCUACAACUGUGAUUACGACAAACUCUCCUACUACUGCAACUACACUUCCCACUACUGUUUCUACAACAGAAACCACACAAACAACUGAACCUAUAACUGAGAUUACGACAAACUCACCUACUACUGCAACUACACUUCCCACUACUGUUUCUACAACAGAAACCACACAAACAACUGAACCUACAACUGAGAUAACGACAAACUCACCUACUACUGCAACUACACUUCCCACUACUGUUUCUACAACAGAAACCACACAAACAACUGAACCUACAACUGAGAUAACGACAAACUCACCUACUACUGCAACUACACUUCCCACUACUGUCUCUUCCACAGAA